GUAUAGUAAAAGAAUAAUUAAUUUUAUUAAAAGAAAUAUCUUAUUAUUGUUAAAGUGUAAAAGUUAUUAUUAUAAAUAAAUAAAUAAAUAAAUAAAUAAUGGAUAUACGUAGAAAAAUAUUACCAAAAACAAUUGGUGAUGGAUUAUCAAUGUUAUUUAUUUUAAUAAUAAUACCAUUAAUUUAUUGGUUUGAAUUGUGGGUUGUAUUACCAUAUUUAUUUGAACCUGGUUCAUCAUUAUAUAUAUUUCAUUUUAUAAUUGGUAAUUUUAUAAUGAUAAAUAUUGUUGGUAAUUAUACAUAUACAGUAAUGUGUGAUACCAGUACAAGGCCUGUUAUUAUGUCAAUAAGCAAAGCAAAAGUAAAAGAUGGUUGGAGAUUUUGUUCAUCGUGUGAAGCAGUAUCACCACCACGAUCCUGGCACUGUCAAACAUGUAAUACAUGUAUUUUAAAACGUGAUCAUCAUUGUGUAUUCACUGGUUGUUGCAUUGGAUAUUUAAAUCAUCGUUAUUUUUUAAUGCUUGUUUUUUAUAUAUUUAUUGGUGCUACAUACUCAUUUUAUUAUAAUAAUUAUUUUAUUUGGAGUAAAAUGGAAUUUGAAUUUCCAUUAUCUAUUGUUAAAAUAAUAUUUCCAUUAGCAAUAUUUAUAUUUGGAUUUGACGAUUCAUGGGAACAAUUUUAUUUGAUGCUUUAUAUUGUAUCUAUUGUUGGUAUGCUAUUUACUGGUGUAUUAUUUAUUUAUCAUUUUAAUCUUAUAUUAAAUGGUACUGUUGCUUAUGAAAAAGAUAAAAAUAUAUCAAAGUAUAAUAUUGGAUGGAGAGACAAUAUUAAAGAUGUUUUAGGUAAAAAAUGGUAUAUAUGUUGGUUAUUGCCUUAUAUACAAUCUGAAUUACUUCAUAAUGGUUUAUUUUGGAGUAUUGCUGGAUCAUGGAAAGACAAUUCUAAAAGUAAAUAACUUUAUUUUUUUUUUUUAUUCAUAUUUUGUAAUAUAAAAAUUACAAUAU